AUGGCCGGUGGUCUACAAUUCGACUUCGAUUUCAACCAGCAACAGUCGCAAGAUCAACAAAUGAUGCAUCAAGAUGGGAUGGAUUCAAUGAAUACAGGAAUGGCUGGCAAUCAUCAGGUUGGGCUCGAUGGGUCAAUGCACGACCAUAUGUCUUCAAUGACGACAGCUUCUAGCCAUUCAGCUAUUCUCGGGACUCCAGUGGUACAUCCACAUACUUCUACAGAAAGUUUAACACACUUAGAUGCGCAAAUUCAGUAUCUACAACAGCAGAAGCAUGAGCAGCAGCUACGUCAGUCGCAGGAACAGCAGCGGAACUUUUAUGUCCAGAAUAGAAUGAUUCCACCAACACCAAAUAGUAUGGAAAUACAUGGUGCCAAUCAACAUUUCUACUCUCAAGCAGAGCAGCCGCCAUCUGUGUUUGAGCCUUACCGUCUAAGGGAGCAAGAGAUGGCUUUUACUCCCCUCGUAUCGCCAGCUGUUACCCCCUUGGAAACUCAUUUCAAUAUCCCUGAUUACACUGUCCCCGGAGCGUAUUUCAGUCCUUUGAGUUCCCCUGCUUUGCACGCCCAAAACGACCAUCAAGCUAUAUUUGACCAUCGUCAUUCGGGAUCUACGAACUCACCAAUUGACAUGAAUGGCGACUCGCAUUCUGCGCCGGUAAGCUCUAUAAUCCCACCCCGGAAGCCUGCCCGGAAGUCUGUGGCACCAAAACCACGAGUCAACACUCGUGCAGUUCGACAAUCGCCGAUUGUCAAGCCAAAUCGAGGUAGGAAAAGCAUAAGCAUGAGCGCUCAAGCCCUGGAAGAAAUUAUUGAGCCUUUAAAUUCUCAAACAUCUCAAUCUAAAGGAACUGGAUCAACAAAUUCGGCAGCAAGCACUGAUCAUUCUGAAAAUGGCUCAAUAUCCCCUGAGCAUCUAUCAGAUAUGGCACCUCCACCGUUGCCGAGCUCGGCUGGAAGGUCACCCUAUGUCGUUGCACAAAAGGAGAAUGUCAAAAAUAAAUGGCUUCCUAUUGGGUCACCUGCCACGCCAGCAUCACUGAUGAGAAUCACAAAAUCUCCUACCGCCGGCGAGUCGUCACUGAAUCGAGAAAUGGACCUCGACGAUCCAGCUUUGGACGGGUUUGCAUUGCCAGAAGCUGCAAAUACUGUAAGACCUACGCUACCUCGUAUUGAUACACAGUCCGACGGACAAAUGACACCAACUUUGAGCUCGACAGGAUCUAAAACUCCUGGAUUUCAACCUUUGCCUUCGCCAGUAGUUGGACGCCCUGGCUUAGCCACAUCUGCCAGUCAAAGCCCUCAAAUAGAUGCCAUGAACGGGACGAACGGAGCCGCGCGCAAAACGCCACAAACCCUAGCACGGAGCACCAAGAAGAGAGCGAGCACCUCCGUUCUUGCCUCCCCAGCCCUUCUCCCCAAGAUAUCUCCUAGCAUAAAGCCAUUACUUCCUGGCAGUUCAUCCAUCCAUGAUGACGCAACUGCUUCCCUUCUACUCGCAUCGAAGUCAAAUUAUCAAAACAUACUUGAAGGUACUCAUCUUCCUGGUGUUUCGUAUCCUUCGGAACUAUCAACCAAUUUAACAUCAAAACGCACGUCUCAUAAACUUGCCGAGCAAGGAAGACGAAAUAGGAUCAACUUAGCACUUACAACAUUGCAUGAUAUGAUACCUUCCGAAUACUAUCCUCGGGGAAAAACCAAGGAUUCUAUAGCAGACAAGGCUGGUAGUGGUGAUGCUGGGGAAACCGAAUCCGCAGGCUCAAAGAACGGUCAAAGUGCAAGUAGUAAAGCUGCUACAGUGGAAGUUGCCAUUGAAUAUAUUAGUCACUUGGAAAAGGUUUUGGCUGAGGCGAACAGAAGAGCCGAAGAAGCCGAACAAAAACUUGUGGAAAAGGAAAAACUAUAG